UCCCACCACACUCUCUUAUUACCAGUAGUAGUAACUACUCUCUCCCUACCCGUCCCUCCAGCGAAAACAGAGAACGAGGCGGCGGAGAAGAGAGUAGUUGCGUUGCGUAAAGGGAAGGAGGAGGUGGAGUGGAGUGCUUCUUUUCCUAAUUAAUCUUCCCUGCUGUUCCUUUAAAUCUCCUCGGACUUGCUACUUCUGCCUCUUCUCCUUACCAUCUGGUGAGUGAUCAUUCCUUGGCAUGUAUUUGGGUUUUUGUUCAUUACUGCCACUGCCGCGAGGUUAAGCUACCUUCGACCUCUUUCAGGUUAGAAGAAGUUGGAUUGGCUUCUUACUCCAUCCCAAGAUGGCGUUAUUCGGGACGACUUUUGUUGUCAUCUCGUUCCUUCUAUUUUGGGCCUUUCUUGGAGAAGCAGAGUAUAUGAAGUACAGAGAUCCCAGCCAGCCGGUUAAUGUUCGAGUCAGAGAUCUGAUGAAUCGGAUGACUCUUGCAGAAAAGAUUGGCCAGAUGACUCAGAUUGAGAGAAAAGUAGCGACACCUCAAGUCUUGAAGGAUUACUAUAUAGGUAGCCUGCUGAGUGGUGGUGGGAGUGUUCCAGCCCCGCAGGCCUCCGCUGCAGAUUGGGUGAAUAUGAUAAAUGAGUUCCAAAAGGCCUGCUUGUCCACCCGUUUAGGAAUUCCGAUGAUCUAUGGGAUCGAUGCCGUUCAUGGGCAUAACAAUGUCUACGGUGCCACAAUUUUCCCCCACAACAUUGGCCUUGGAGCUGCAAGGGAUCCUGAUCUUGUGAAGAGGAUUGGUGCGGCAACUGCUCUUGAAGUCAGAGCUACUGGAAUUCCUUAUGCCUUUGCACCAUGCAUUGCGGUUUGUAGAGAUCCGAGGUGGGGCCGCUGCUACGAAAGCUACAGUGAAGACCACAAGAUAGUCCAAGCAAUGACUGAAAUAAUCCCUGGUUUACAGGGUGAUGUUCCGGCUAACUAUACCAGGGGAUUUCCUUAUGUUGCUGGAAAGAACAAUGUUGUGGCCUGUGCCAAGCACUUUGUUGGUGAUGGCGGGACCCAGAAGGGCAUCAACGAGAAUAACACUAUUAUUGACCGCCAAGGACUUUUCAGCAUCCAUGUGCCUGCUUACUAUGACGCCAUUGCAAAGAGUGUCUCCACUGUCAUGAUCUCCUACUCCAGCUGGAACGGGGUCAAAAUGCAUGCCAAUCGUGAUCUCAUCACUCGUUUCCUCAAGAACCAGCUUAAAUUCAGGGGCUUUGUGAUCUCAGAUUGGGAGGGCAUUGAUAGAAUAACAAGUCCUCCUGGUGCAAAUUACACGUACUCUGUCCAAGCUUCCAUAACUGCCGGUAUUGAUAUGGUGAUGGUUCCUAAUAACUACGCGGAUUUUAUCAACAGCCUGACUAACCUGGUCAACAUGAAUGUGAUCCCAAUGAGCAGAAUCGAUGAUGCAGUGAGAAGGAUUCUUCGCGUAAAGUUCGUCAUGGGUUUGUUCGAAAACCCUUUAUCUGAUCUCAGCUUAGCCGAUCAGCUUGGAAAGAAGGAACACAAGGAAUUAGCGAGGGAGGCUGUGAGGAAGUCGCUUGUGCUUCUGAAAAAUGGGAAAUCAACUUAUGAGCCUCUGCUGCCUCUUCCUAAGAACGCUCCUAAGAUACUCGUUGCCGGAAGCCAUGCGGACAAUUUAGGCUACCAAUGCGGUGGGUGGACGAUAGAAUGGCAGGGAGCUAGUGGAAGGAUCACUUUAGGGACGACAAUCCUGGAUGCUGUGAAAGCCACCGUCGACCCAGCAACCACCGUGCUGUUUGCGGAGAACCCCGACAACGACUUUGUAAGGAACAAUAACUUCUCCUAUGCCAUCGUCGUCGUGGGAGAGCACCCCUACACGGAGACUGCUGGGGACAGCCUCAACCUGACCAUUCCGGAUCCAGGCCCGAGCACGAUCCAGGCAGUCUGUAGUGCUGUCAAGUGUGCGGUCGUCGUCAUCUCCGGUCGGCCGGUGGUGAUCGAGCCUUAUGUCUCUGUUAUGGAUGCUCUUGUAGCUGCUUGGCUGCCAGGUUCCGAAGGGCAGGGCGUGACAGAUGUCCUCUUCGGAGAUUACGGCUUCACCGGGAAGCUCCCGCGCACCUGGUUCAAGUCCGUCGACCAACUUCCCAUGAAUGUGGGUGACCAGAACUAUGACCCCUUGUUUCCUUUUGGAUUUGGAUUGACCACAAAGCCCAGAACGGCGAGGUAGAUAGGGAACGAUGAUAGAUUAUUAGCCAAUUAAUUAACAAAAAGAUUGGGGGGGGGAGGGAGUGGGGG